AUGGAAGCUCUUGUGAAACAUCCUCGCUCAAAAGAGAAACUUUUAUUGCGUCGGAAGAAGCUCAGGAGUAAAAUUGCAGACCGACGUCGACAUAGAAAGACAGACUCAUGCUUUGAUAAAAAAGAUUGUCAAAUUCCGGUAGAGCGUCGUCCAAACAAUGAAUCAAAAGACACCAAAACAGAUGUGUUAUUAAAAACAUCUAUCAAGCCAACAGAACAAAACACCGAAUAUACAAGCAAACAGCCUAUAAAAAAAAUUGAAAAACCGAUUAUCAAUCGUCUGGGUUCUUCAUAUGCUGGCAGGGUACUUUUAGCCGCAAGACCAGAAUUAGAGAAAUCAACAAACCAUAAGAAAACUUUCAUUUCAAAGGAGCCUUCAGUCUCGAAAAAAAUAACUGGUAUAACAACAGUGCCGCGUUUAAACUCGAAUUUAUUGCAAGACUGCGCCGGAAAUACGAAUAUAUUAGGUGAAGGACGAUUUGGCAUUGUGCGACUGAUGAACUAUAGAUCAACAUUAGUUGCGGUAAAGAAAUCAAAAGAUCAGAAAUACAGCUAUCUGAUUGAAAGUGAAGCACGCAUUCUCUGCAAUUUGGGUGAUCAUCCUGGCUUUCCUUAUUGCUUUGGUCUUUGUGAAAAGGAUGGUUUUAAAGUACUCGUGAUGGAAUUCUGUGGCGUAAAUGGAAAAGCUGUUACUUUGAAUGAAGUCCUGAAGACAAAACUGAUACCAGAUAAUUGCUGGCCAUCUAUUCUUUACAGAUUAGCAGCGUCUAUAGACUACAUGCACUCAAAAGGGUUCCUUCACUGCGAUAUCCAUGGGAACAAUAUACUGAUGAUGCAAAGAAGUUCAUUGUGGAGACCGGUUAUUGUAGACCUAGGUAAAUGCGUGCCAAUCAAACAAAGCUUAUUAAUAGAGCGACACAAACACUGUGAUGGUAGGGCUAAAGAAAAAUAUCCUCAUGUUGCACCCGAACUGCUAAAUGGCACGUGUGCUUACUCUAGCUUGACAGAUACCUAUAGCUUUGGAUUCUUAGCAAAGCGGAUAUGCCGUAAAGUAAAAUCCUGUCACAURUACUAUGAAAUUGCAAAGGAAUGUAGUCAAGAUAAUGCUGAAUCGAGAUUACAACUUCAAGGCUUCAUCGAGAAGUUUAAUGCUGUUAACAAAUAA